ACUCAAAUUAUUAUUAUUAUUUAUUAUUUUUUAAGAAAAUAAAACCCUAACCUCUCUCUUCUCUCUCUAGCACUGUUACAGACUGUACAGGCAGAAGUCUAAGGCUGACAUUUCUUCGAGCUCAUUCUCCUCAGCGAUCUCGUUUAACUGUUCAGAAAAGUAUCGGAUUUCCGGUGCUCUUGAUUCAUCCAUGGCGGAGGUUGAGGCGGUGGCGGCGGAUAGGAACGGCGACGAUCGGAGUGAUACUAGCGACUACACUUCCGAGGAUGAGGGGACGGAGGACUAUAGGCGGGGUGGGUAUCACGCCGUACGGAUCGGUGACACCUUCAAGCAUGGAAGAUAUGUUGUUCAGAGCAAGCUUGGUUGGGGCCACUUCUCCACCGUCUGGCUAGCUUGGGACACUCAAAAAUCUAUGUAUGUAGCUCUGAAAGUUCAAAAGAGUGCACAACACUACACCGAAGCAGCAAUGGAUGAGAUCACUAUCUUAAAGCAGAUUGCUGAGGGCGAUCCAGAAGACAAGAAAUGUGUUGUGAAACUCUUGGAUAACUUUAAGCAUUCAGGGCCAAAUGGGCAGCAUGUCUGUAUGGUUUUUGAAUUCCUGGGUGACAAUCUUUUGACACUAAUUAAGUAUUCAGACUACAGAGGUGUUCCUCUUCACAUGGUCAAAGAAAUCUGCUUCCACAUUUUAGUAGGAUUGGAUUAUUUGCAUCGGCAACUAUCAAUCAUACACACAGACUUGAAGCCAGAGAACAUAUUGUUGCUUUCGAUGAUAGAUCCAUCUAAAGAUCCUAGAAAGUCUAGUGCACCUCUUAUCCUCUCCUCCAAUAAAAGUAAGAUUAUAUCUGAUUUGGAGACUUCUAAAGAUGUUAAAGGUCCAUAUAAUGACCUGACUAAGAACCAGAAAAAGAAAAUCAGAAGAAAGGCUAAGCGAGCAGCUCGGAUGUGUGCUGGGGAUGAAGUGUCUGAUGCAGCUGAUCCAGAUAAUGAGGCAAGUGCUCCUGAGGAUUCUCAUCAGGAUGAUAAAUCCAACGGAGAGUCUGCUGAAAAUCAAACGAAUGCUUCAGUUGCUGAAGCAGCAAACGAUGGAGCAAAAGAUGCAUGUACUGGAACUAAGGGCAAUAAGAGGGGCAGCCGGUCAGCAAGGCAGAAGCUCCUGGCUGAGGUUGAGCUGAAGUGCAAGUUAGUUGAUUUUGGAAAUGCCUGUUGGACUUAUAAGCAGUUUACAAGUGAUAUACAGACAAGGCAGUAUAGAUGUCCAGAGGUUAUUUUGGGAUCUAAGUACUCAACAUCAGCUGAUAUGUGGUCGCUUGCUUGCAUUUGCUUUGAGCUUGCCACUGGCGAUGUUCUUUUUGAUCCACAUAGCGGCGAAAAUUAUGAUCGUGAUGAGGAUCACUUGGCCCUGAUGAUGGAGCUUCUUGGAAUGAUGCCACGCAAGGUUGCCUUGGGCGGGCGUUAUUCACGAGAAUUCUUCAAUAGAUUCGGAGAUCUGAGACAUAUUAGAAGAUUAAGAUUUUGGCCUCUUAAUAAGGUGCUUGUGGAAAAAUACGAAUUCCGUGAACAAGACGCGAAUGAGAUGGCAGAUUUCCUUGUACAGAUACUAGAUUUUGUACCUGAGAAAAGGCUGACAGCAGGCCAGUGCCUUAAUCAUCCAUGGAUCAGUGGAGGCCCUUGCCAACUGGCCCCUUCUAUGUCUCAACUCGUGGAAAAUGGUACUUCCGACAAGCAGAGUGAGAAGGAUGAGAGAGAGGCAAUGGAGGUCAGAGUGGGUAACAUGGCUAUUGAUGGAACAGCAAAAUCUGGCAAAGAUUCUAAAUCUUUAUCAAGCCCUCUAAAGCAAUCAUAGAUUCUGAUCUGUUACUCUCUUCGACUAUUGUUUGACACAUUUGGACUUGAGCGAAGCUUGUUUGAACUGCUAUUUUCUCCUACCUUCUGAGUAAGAGGAGGAUGCUGUUUUCAAUUCUUUGGGAUGACCUACUUCAAGCAAGAGAAUGAGAACGGGGUAAACUAUAUAAUCCUAACACGUAACCGCACUUGACUUACCAGCCAGUAGCAUGAGUUAAUGUUGCUUGUCCUUGAUAUGAAAAGAUUGUGUUGAUGUAUUUCUGUAAAAUGUUUUGUUUUUUUGUCUUCAUUCCAGAGGAAUGUGUAUCAGAACUUUUCCUCAUAAGUAGUGCUUUCAUAUGAUUUGUUUGACCUUAAUUGUACAUUUGAUAUUUGGUUUGUUGUUCAUUGGUCCCUCUGUGCGGACCUUGAUGUUGAUAUAAUGGAACCUUAAUUUGCUCACA